AGUAAAAAUGUCGACGACAAAAUACCUCACAAGUUUUUUCUUUCUUAUAAUUAUGCUGUUAUGUGACUUAACUGGCCACAUCGACGCUGUCCCAUUACCAAAAGCGACUCGGAAUGUCACCAGGGCGACGUUCCCAAAUAUUACGAGGAUGCGUGGCAGCCAACAAGCUUUAACAAAGCCGAUGGUUCGAAAUCCACGAUUUUUCGGUAAAAUCUCGUUCCUAGCGGGCCUUGGCCUCCCGGACGCCGUUCGGCCAACCAUCACACGUAACGACAUUCUGACGAAUGACCGAUCCCCAACGCGAUACUCACUGAGUUAUAAUUUUCCACCGAGGAAAUGGGGCCCUUACGUUGCGGCAGUGUAUGAGCCUUUACCGAUCUGGUCAUUCUUUCAAAACCCUCUGGCCUACCUCGCCGCCGCCUUUAAUCCCUUCAAUUGGUUCACUAGCAGUGGCAACACCCACACCGUCACCAAUCCCACUAAUUUAGUUGUGGAAUCCAUUGCGCCGGAUAAGAGUCAGGGUGGCGAUGUCCUGGUGCUUGUUCAGGAGCCGAAUAACGAAAUAUCGAACGAAGAUCGUAAUGACAUAAUAGAGAAGAUAGAAGUGAAGAUGGAACCGGAAAACCAUAACGAUGCAAGAUUACAAACUACUAUGAACACUGAACCCUCCUAUACAAAAAGAAAUGAUGCAACGACAAAUUAUGUAACAAUUGGAGAUGAUUUAAGAAACGCUGACUUGAUUGCUGAAGAGACAACUAUAAAAUUAUUUGAAGAAAUUCAAAUGGAGGAUGAACAGGACAGUCAACGAGCAAAACCAAGCACACGUAAAAUGAAGAAACAUAAUGUAACUACAACCUCAAGAACUACCACAACUAUGAGUUCAAAAGUUAUGCCCGCUAGUCCAGGUUCAAAUAACGUAACGACUGAAAUGACGACCAUCGGCUUUAACGAUCCGACAAAUACUUUGGAUCUAAAUUCCACUCAACACAACAAUUCAUAUACGUACUAUAAUAAUGGAUAUUACUACCAAGGACAUCCACAAAACGUAUCAAACAUAGAAUUUACCACACAAUCAACGAUAACAAAUUCCUUUAUUCCAGUUAGAUAUCACAAUUUCAAUGAAAUCAAUCGUUUUUUACAACAAUAUCCAACCAGUUAUUACGAUUUCCCCGAAUCUCAGCCUCAAGAGUCAUUCGAUCAUCAUAACAAUCGUUUCGAACAAUUGCCACCAAAAAUUAACGAGUACUCUAGUAGAAAAAUUGAAUAUUUACCGAGUAACGAUAAUACUUUUUUUUUAAACGGUUUCAAACCGAGUUUCCCAGUUCGUCUAUAAUCAUCAUUUAUUUUUUCACUCUAUAACAG